AUGCAACUAAAUUCGUCUGGAAGAGUAUCAUUUGCAGGUUCGGCAUGCCCCUCUCCAGUAUUUGAUAAUGGAAGGCAGUUCGACAAUAAGAAGAUGCGAGAUUUGUGUAAAGAAUUGGUUAUAAGGAAGGACUUCUCAACGCGUCAUCACCUCCAAGCAAAUGGACAAGUUGAAGUAGCAAACAAAACGAUCAAGCACACCCUGAAAAGGAAGCUUGAUGCCUCGAAGGGAGCAUGGGUUGAUGAGCUUCCCCAUGUCCUCUGGCCCAUACGCACAACUAGCCAAACUACAAUAGGAGAAACACCCUUCUCCAUGACCUACAGAGCUGAGGCCAUGAGUCCGAUCGAGAUAUACUUCAAUGAAAUCAACAACGAUGAAGCCCAAGUGUGCAAACUCCACCUCCUAGAAGAAAGGAAGGAUUCAUCCCAAGUCAAACUAGCUAUGUAUCAGAGAAAUAUGACUCGCUAUUACAACUCAAAGGUCAGGAACCAAACUCUUCGUUUGGGCGACCUCGUACUCAGAAGGGUUUUUUUCAUCAUCAAAGCCAACAAGCUCCAGAGUGUUCAGACCGAACUGGGAAGCAUCCAUCGAGUCAUAGAAGUACAGUCACAAACAAUUCAACAUAAACUUCCAGCUCGACCUCCUAGGGAGCCUCAGCAGCUUCCUCGACAGCCUUGUCUGGUUGGCUUCCAGGUGGUCCACCAAACUCUGCUUCCAAUGAAGUUAAGUCCAGAGUUGGGUGGACCUCCCUUAGGCGAUCCAACAUGGCUUGGGCAUUCCAUGAGGUCCAGAAAUUGGUAA